UGACGUGCGGCAGUUGUGGUGGGAUAUGGCGGCGCUGCUCAGAGGUUGGAGAGCCGGGAGGGUUUUGUGGGCCCUGCGAACUGCACACAGAAGCCAGUGCCCCCAUGUGAAGAGGGGUUUCCACAGAGCUGCGCUGCUGAGAUUGCAGGAGGACUCCAAGCAGGAGCAGACAGCCUCUUCCUCCUCUUAUCACCAGCACUACCAGGCGUCACCUGGCUCUGAGUCCUCACAGACUAACACCAGCUAUGCAGACCAGAGCGGCGAGCAGGGGGAGGAUUAUGAGACGGAGGAGCAGCUGCAGAGCCGCAUCCUCGCGGCCGCACUCGACUUUGUGCCGCAGCACGGUUGGUCAGUGGACGCGAUCGCGGAGGGAGCACAGGCUCUGGGUCUGUCCGCAGCAGCUGCAGGGAUGUUCACCAACGGCGCCGGAGACCUAGUCCUGCACUUCAUCACUCAGUGUAACACCCGCCUGGCCGACAGUCUGGCGGAGCAGCACAAGCAGGUCCAGCUGGGCCAGGCCGAGUCAAAGAAGCCUGCUGAGUUUCUGAGAGAAGCAGUGGAAAUGAGACUACGCAUGCUCAUCCCAUACAUCGAAACCUGGCCGCAGGCCAUGAGCAUCCUGCUGCUGCCCCAGAACAUCCCUGAGAGCCUGAAGCACCUGUCCACCCUGGUGGAUGACAUCUGGUACUACGCCUGGGACCGCUCUACUGAUCUGAACUGGUACACACGACGGGCAGCCCUGACCGGCAUCUAUAACACCACAGAGCUGGUGAUGGUUCAGGAUUCCUCUCCCGACUUCCAGGACACCUGGACCUUCUUGGACAACCGCAUUAAAGACGUGAUGAACAUGGCCAACACUGCCCAGCAGGUUAAAUCCACUGGGGAAGCUGUGGUACAGGGGAUUAUGGGAGCUGCCAUCACUCUGAAGAACCUUUCGGGGAUGAACCAGCGGCGGUGAUUUGGCCCUGCCCAUCAGAACGGCUCAUCCCUCUCCCCAGCUCAGCCCGUGCACACACUGACAGACGACUGUCCUCUCCCCUGUCCAGGAACCAGCACAACACACUCCUGCGCUCCUGCUGAUCAUCACAGGCCCCCUCCUCACCACACAAGCCCACUCCCUUCUCUCUCCUAGUGCACCUCUGACAAGGUCUUAAAAUCCGCAGUAUUACCAUACACGCUGCCUCACCACCCUCAACAGUCAGUCCACUUCGAGAUGGACUGAAACAUAAAGGUUUCUUUGUCAUCUGACGUUUGAAUGUUUUCAGUCAGAGCUCCUUCCACAAAACUGAAAUGUAGAAAUAAACAAAAGAGAUUCAUAUCGUUUUGUUUUUAGUUUCUCAUUUGAAAAGGGGCCCUUUUUCAUUGUGAGCACAACCCAAAGCAGCCCUGUUGUUCCCUUCCUUCUUCCUGAAUUUGACAAUAACAAUAUGGAUGUUUUCAUACUUCUCUUUUUUUUUUUCUUGUGAGCUUCCAGUCAGUGCUAAAAUCCUGCCUUGGAGGGAUGAAUCUGAAUUCUGAAGCCUGCAUUUUGUUUCAAACUAUACAUCGAUCUGGUGUUACACUCAAGCCCAUGAGCAAAGACAAAAUGCUCUUAUGCUCUUAAUUUAUGUGCCAUAUACUGGUUCAUAGUCACUUUGAUCUGAAACCCGAUGGACGCAAGUGGCUUAUUUUCUGCGCUUCUUCUUUAGAACCCCCUCCCAGCUGUGAAAAAGAAGAACGGUAUAAGAGUGAAUGUCCCUUUUUUUGUUGAGAUCAUUGAGAUUCUUAAAUAAAUGUUAUGAAUGGUG